GAUGGCGGCGAUGGCGGCUGCGCGAGCCGUUCCUGUGGGCCCUGGGCUUUUGGGCCUGCAACGGACACUGCCUCUGGUAGUGAUUCUCGGGGCUACUGGCACUGGCAAGUCCACCCUGGCUUUGCAACUAGGCCAGCGACUUGGUGGAGAAAUCGUCAGCGCUGACUCCAUGCAGGUCUAUGAAGGGCUAGACAUCAUCACCAACAAGGUUUCUGCCCAAGAGCAGAGAAUCUGUCAGCACCACAUGAUCAGCUUUGUGGAUCCUCUUGUGACCAAUUACACAGUGGUGGACUUCAGGAACAAAGCAACUGCUCUGAUUGAAGAUAUAUUUGCUCGAGACAAAAUUCCUAUUGUCGUGGGAGGAACCAAUUAUUACAUUGAGUCUCUGCUCUGGAAAGUUCUUGUUAAUACCAAGCCCCAAGAGAUGGGCACUGAGAAAGUGGUUGACCGAAAAGUGGAGCUUGAAAAAGAGGAUGGUUAUGUACUCCACAAACGCCUAAGCCAGGUAGACCCAGAAAUGGCUGCCAAGUUACACCCACAUGACAAGCGCAAAGUGGCCAGGAGCUUGCAGGUGUUUGAAGAAACAGGAAUCUCUCAUAGUGAAUUUCUUCAUCGUCAACAUGCAGAGGAAGGUGGUGGUCCUCUUGGAGGCCCUCUGAAGUUUCCUAACCCUUGCAUCCUUUGGCUUUAUGCUGACCAAACAGUUCUAGAUGAGCGCUUGGAUAAGAGAGUGGAUGACAUGCUUACUGCUGGACUCUUGGAGGAACUAAGAGAUUUUCACAGACGCUAUAAUCAGAAGAACAUUUCAGAAAAUAGCCAGGACUAUCAACAUGGUAUCUUCCAAUCAAUUGGCUUCAAGGAAUUUCACGAGUACCUGAUCACUGAGGGAAAAUGCACACCAGAGACUAGUAACCAGCUUCUAAAAAAAGGUAUUGAGGCUCUGAAACAAGUAACUAAGAGAUAUGCCCGGAAGCAAAACCGAUGGGUUAAAAACCGUUUUUUAAGCAGACCUGGUCCCAGUGUCCCUCCGGUAUAUGGCCUAGAGGUGUCUGAUAUCUCAAAGUGGAAGGAGUCUGUUCUGGAACCUGCUCUUGAUAUAGUGCAAAGUUUUAUUCAGGGUCACAAGCCUGCAGUUGCUCCCAUGAAGAUGCCAUUCAAUGAAACCGAGAACAAGAGAAGUUACCAUAUGUGUGAUCUCUGUGGUCGAAUCAUCAUUGGGGACCGUGAAUGGGCAGCACAUAUAAAAUCCAAAUCCCAUUUGCACCAACUGAAGAAAAGAAGAAGAUUGGACUCAGAUGCUGUCAAUACCACAGAAAGCCAGAGUAUUUCCCCAGACUGUGACAAAGAACUUAAAGAGAAGAGAUCCUCAAGGCAGAAUGAUGAAGAGCUAAAAUUCAGCAUUUAAAAGACAUGUUCAGUGAUUUUUGCAAAGGUGGUGGGAAUCUAGUUGAGGAUGGAGUCCUGUGCCUAUCUCCCACAUCUGGGCUGAGGAGUGCUGUUCAGAAAGUCCUAUCAUUUUAUUUCAUAUAGUGGUGUGGUUUUAAAGUCUCAUGUUGUCCAUAAUGGAAACAGCAGGUCUUCAGCUCCUUGUAUGGCUGUUGUGUCAGGGUAGGAUUUUUUUUCUUUGAAUCUUAAAGAUUUUAUUUUAAAAAGAAGCACAGAGGGCUGGGGUUGUGGCUCGGUGAUAGAGCGCUUGCCUGGCAUGUGUGAGGCACUGGGUUUGAUUCUCAGUACCAUAUACAAAUAAAUAAAUAAAGGCUCACCGACAACUAAAAAUUAAAGUUUUAAAAAAAAGAAGCACAGAUUUGCACAUUUUUAUACUUGAGGAUUUUUUUAGUGGUGAAUAUCAGCAUUCAUUACAAAAACUUCAUUUAAAAAAGAAGUUUUUUUAUCCCUGAUGCUGGCUAAAAUUUCUAAUUUCCAGAUGCUUUUGUAGGUGACUGAGAUAUUGUGAGCCAUAAAUCAGGAGUGAAUUUGAGGGAAUGACAGGAAAGGACCAUCCCCAAUAAGAUGAUUCAGUGAACCAAACAAGUUCUUGGAAUUCCACAGAGAAGGAGGGAUUCAAACUGAGGUGUUGUUACCUGGUACUUGAAUUCUAAAGACUUUGAAAAUUUUUGAGCUACUACUGUGUGAUAAUUGCUAUCACUGUUGUCUUCCUGUUGAGUUAGAAAUCUCUAUUUUUAUUGAAAACCAAAUAAAGUAAGUUAACAAAAGCCUCUUUGAUAUUUAAAAAAAUAUUGCCCAUGUCCAGUUCAUACACAAUAUGCUGUUAUCAGUUUGAUAACUUUUUCCUCAAAUUUAACAUUAUUCAUAGACUUACAUAGCAGACAUUAAGCAUGUAUUCCUGGAAGAUAUCCAGAGUCAGUCUUUUAUUGAAGAUUUGUUAUUUCAAGUUGAAGCGUUCUUU